UGUCAAUUUCUGAUUGUUGGAGAUACCAUAGUCGAUUAUGGAAGUUAAUCGUAUAAUGUGAAAUUAAUUAUAUUCAUUUAGCUUUAUAGAUUUUCAAUCUUUUUUUUAUUUAUUAAUUUUUUUAGAUUUAAAAUGAUUGAUUACAGAAGUUAUUUGCAUAAUGUAAAAUGAUUGAUUACAGAAGUUAAAAUGAGUGAAUGAUCUUUAAUUUUCUUCAAGUUUUUUCUUCUAAUAAAUUUUGGUGAUAAACAUUUUUCCUAUGUUUUUAACUGAUUGAUUACAGAAACUAAUUGCAUAAAUGUCAAACUAGUAAACAUAGUGUUUUCUUUUAUCAUUAUCUUAUCAAUUUUGUUUUUCCGUCUGAGGUAUUAUGAUCGUUUUGUUUUACAUUAUAUUCAUUUAAAUUUGAUAUUAUUUUUAUAUUGAUUUAUAUAUUAAUUUACAAAUCAUUUUUUGUUAGGAUUCAGAUCUCAUAUAUUGCGAUGUGGUUUAUAAUAUAAAUAUAAUCAACUACAUGUAACUGGAUUAAGAAGUUUAAUGUAAAAAUAUUAAUGAAAUUAUUUUUGGAUUACUAAAUUUAUAGAAAAAAACACACAUUUUUCCCUUUUAAAUAUGUUUUGGGGAAAAUAAAAGUUUUAUUUUAAUUCCCUUUAAGCUUUUUUACUCGCUUGUUCGAUUUUGAGUUUGACCUUCACGGAAGAGUUUCCUUUUUCCCCACCGCCGCAUCUUCCCCCGGCGGAGAAACCAAAAAAAAAGAACCCUAGAAAUUGGAAUUUGAUCUCUCUCUUACUCGUCCCUUCCCCGAUUCAAAAUCCGCGUUCGAUCGAUCGAUCGCAUUUGCUGGUGAGAAAUGAGUCGUCUCUCUUUCCGUCCACGUCCUUUGGACAUUCACAAGAAGCUUCCGAUUUUGAAAUCGUAUAAAGACUUUGAAGACGACGACACCCCAACUAGGAACCCUCAGCUGCUGCGUUUAGCUUCUUCCGUAGAGCUUGACCAUGAGGUGUCUCCAGUGCCAAGCAAGAAGCUUGCUUCAGAGAUACCAACGCCUCAGUUUGUUGUUGUGGAUAGUUAUGAAAGAGAUUAUUCACCUACGUUUGGUCAACCUGCUUCUUAUCUACGUGCAAGAGGAGCUCGGUCUGAGCUUGGAGAGUUUGUGGAGUAUGAUCUUGACAAUGAGGAUGAUGACUGGCUUUAUGAGUUUGAUAAAGAUAACAAGCAGCUUUCGCCUGAAAUGUUUGAGAGUAUUAUUUUUAAACUAGAGGUGUUGGAUCACAAGACGCGGGAAAGAGCAGGAGUUAUUACACCUACCCUUGGAUCUCCCGUUCCUGUGCAUUUGCAGCUUGAUGGUGCUAUUGAGGCGCUGCAAUCACUGUCCAUCAAUUAUGGAGUCUUCCAGGCUAUUUUCAACUACUGGAAAGACAAGCGCAAAAGAUGGCAGAAGCCUAUCUUACGGCGUUUGCAGCCUCCUCCACCGGUCAAUGACACCAAUCCCUACAAUGUGUUUAGACCGAGGGAGAAAGCUCACAGACUCCACACGAGAAGGAUGCAGAGGAGAGAAAACAAUGUGCAGUCAUUUGAAAAGCUUCGACAGGUUAGACGCAAUCUUGACCAAGCGAAGACCAUUCUGGAGGCCCUCAUUAAGAGAGAAGAAAAGAAGAGGGAUGUCAUGGAUGGCGAGGUUAGCCUUCAAAGAAUGCAACUCCAAUACAGGCAUGAAACAGAGCUCUUGGAAGAUACCUUGGGUCUGCCUGGGUUUCCACCAGCUACAACAUCUUACAAGUUUGGCUCAAGCGACGAGGAGUUCAUGGACUCAGAUGACUACACUAGCACUCACGUACGCACAAGACCUUCCCUUAUCUCCAACUCUCGUUUCACAAACUCAAAUCUGAAUGCAUCUCAACACGGAGGCAUAAAACAAGAAGUUAGAAGACGACACUCGCAUCACAACUGGCUUCACAAACUGGAUCCUAAUGAACCGGUGAUGCUGUUCACAAAACCGCUGGUUCCUGAGAAACUAGCAGCUGCAGGGAUAGUUCCUCCAGCACCUGAUGCAACCUCCGGUGGUCAACAACCUCAAAGGCGGUUUCAGGGGAGGAUGGGGCGUGGUGGACGGAUAAUAUUCGAUAGAUGGAAUCCUUUGAUGCAAUCUCACAUCAACUGUGGAAACUCUCUCUACAUUGCACCAAAUCACCGAUCUACCAACUUCAACUGAAGAAAAACUUCUUUUGUAAAGAAUCUUGAGUGAUAGAAGAUGUGUAAUGUAAUAACUAUCAAACACUUUGUAACUCUUAUUAGUUAAUUUUCUGAUUGUAUCCCGUUAAAAGCAGGGAACGAUUCGGUUUAAAUUUAUAAUCCGGUAAUGUCACCGGUUCAGUAAAACCAAUAGCUAUUGUGCCAGGGACUAAAUUAUAAUAAUAUCUUAAUUUCGGGACUAA